AUGGCAAGUCGCCAGUGUCUGCAAUCACCCUCACUGGUGUUCAAGCUUUCGCGACCAACAUCAAGCCUCCAGGCCACCCACUUGAAUCGACUACCUCGAACAGCUCUUCGGCGCAAGUCAGGCCCGUACGGCUACACACAAUCCAAAGCUCUCGUGUAUUCCAAGCACGGCGAGCCCUCAGACGUCCUAAAGCUUCACACGCAUUCCAUCUCCCCCUCCCUCCCGAGCUCGUCCGUCCUCGUUCGAACCCUCGCCGCGUCAAUCAACCCCGCCGAUAUCAACACCAUCCAAGGGACAUAUGGCUCCAAGCAGCCCAUGACAUCGCUCAUCGGCACCGCCGAGCCGUCCGCGGUCCCCGGCAACGAGGGCGUUUUCGAAGUCGUCUCAGUCGGCGAUUCGUCGUCGCCCCUGAACAAGGGGGACUGGGUCAUCCCCGCCGCCCAGCAGAUCGGCACGUGGAGGACGCACGCGGUUUUCGAGGCCGGGGAUCUUCUCAAAGUCGACAGGGAGAACUUGACACCCACGCAGGUCGCGACUGUGAGCAUCAACCCGUGCACGGCGUACCGCAUUUUGCGAGACUACGGCCCCAGCGCCGGGUUGAAGUCUGGCCUGCCGAUGAGACCGCUCCAGCUCGGCAGCGGCGAGUGGUUCAUCCAGAACGGGGCCAACUCGGGGGUGGGACGGGCAGCGAUCCAGUUUGGAAAGCUCUGGGGUCUGCGGAGCAUCAAUGUCAUCCGCGAUAGGGACUCUGUCGAGGAGACUGAGGCUUUGAAGCAGGAGCUCAUUGGCCUAGGGGCAGAUGUUGUGGUGCCGGAGUCGCAAUUCCUGUCUAGGGAAUGGAAGCACCAGCUUGCGGAUAUUACUCGGGGCGGCCGCGAGGAAAUCGGGCUCGCGUUGAAUUGCGUCGGCGGCAAAUCUGCCACCUCGCUGGCACGAUCCCUGGGCGAGGGGGCUACGUUGGUGUCGUAUGGAGGAAUGUCCAAGCAGCCUGUUGCCUUGCCGCUUGGGUUGCUCAUCUUCAAGGACAUUCGAUUUGUUGGGUUCUGGUUGUCAAAGUGGAACAAGAAGGAUGCCACCGGCCGAAAGCAUAUGGUGAAUGAUAUCCUGAACUUGAUUCGCCUGGGCCAUUUCAAGGACGUGCCUGUGGAUGAAGUCAAGUGGGACUGGGAGACGGAGGAGGCACCGCUGAAGGACGCAGUACAAGAGGGUUUAAAGGGGUUUAGGAAAGGAAAAGGGGUGUUUGUGUUUGGUGACACCUGA